CUGAACAAAGAGCGUCUCCGCUGCUCUGCUUCCCCAGCUGUUGUGAGGGGAGGGUUUAGCCCGUGAGAAGGAAAAAGGGAGAGCGAGAAGGACGUUUUUAUUCCACCCCCACAGACUCGACAGACAGAAAGAGUCCUAACAGGCGGCAGACGAGCCGGCUCUUUGACACCAUUCAAUACAGUGAGGCUGAGCUGCACAGAGGCUGAGACACUUCAACACACAUCUGAAGAGCGCUGGACCUGCUCUGACAAUAUUCUGCUGUUUUUAUGCAGAAACCUGCUAUUUGGGACCCACCUUCAUCACUUGCCAUCAUUGCCUGUUUGUAAACCGUCUCCAGGAGGACUUCUCUCUGGGACCCACAGGCUCCAGAUCAUCCAGACGGGGUGAUUUUUUGUGAGGAAACUCGUCACAUCGUGAGGUCCACCGGUCCGGCCAGACCAUGGUUCUGUGUGAGGACGGCGAGUGCAGCGUCUGCCUUCAGCCCUACACCCGGACAGACAGGACCCCCCGGGUGCUCCACUGCAGGCACACCUUCUGCGACCAGUGCCUGGAGACCAUCUCGCAGGUUUCGAGUGGGUGGCUCACCGUGGCCUGCCCGCUGUGUCGCCGGGUGACCUGCGUAGGCCAAGGCCUCAGCUUGCAGGAAGCUCUUUGGGUCGACGGCAAGUUGUGGGAGCAGAUACCGGAGGACGUGGAUGAAGAUGGAGCGGAGGAGAAGGAGGGGGACGGAUGUAAGGACAAAGCUGAGGAGGAGAGGACAGAGGCCAAACAGGACACCUCAUUACAGGCUGGAUGCGUUUCCUCGAGAGCCGGCAGAGCAAAGCUGAAACUGCCGACGUUCUUCAGAAAGUUCAGCCUGACGAAGCAGCAGCAGGAGAGGAUCGUCCCUGGCAGCAAUGUGGAAAUCAAAUCGUGGCGCAGGCUUUCAACCGAAGAGACGCUCUGAAACGAGAGAGGAGCGAUGUGCCGAGCCGCUGCUCUCAGGACGUCAUUCUGCUGUUGGGCAGACGUCACCAGAGGAACCAACUCAGCUUUGUCGGUGAAGCUGAAGCCGUUGAGGAUCAAGAAUCCAUUUGUGCUCCUGUCAAGACAUUGUUUUGUCCUCAGGCAAAGGUGGCCUGUCUCCCCAUUAUUUAUUCGAGGCUUAAUUCUCCCAGCUGGUGCUGGGAUUUAGCUCAGCUGUCCUAACGGGGCAAACACCCCAAGACCCUUCACAACAGAUGGUCUCCCCCUCCGUUCAAACUGCUGGACAUUGAACAUAACUUAUUGUUUUCUUUAUGUAUGAUAGAUAGCUGAAAAAAGUAUUUAAUAAAACUAUUUUUUAAGGUAA